AUGAGACCAGUCUACCGUUCAAGAGAGCCAUAUAGCUAUCGACAAGAAUUAGAUGGCACGAAUCUAAGUGCUGCGAAGCUAGAAAGGAUCCUUAGUCGCCGCUGGAGCAACAGAUAUACUGUCGAGAUGCAAUCCAACAGACUUACAAUCUGCACACCCGGCCUUUUGUCUGAACGUGACAUUGCUAGCUGUUACCGAUGA